AAACAAGAUGGCGGCCUGUAGAUUCGUUUUCGCGGUUAUUUUUGUGUUUUGUUUUGCUAUUGUAUCGUCUGAAUUUUUUUCGUCUUCAAAACCAGAAGACCAAGAACAAUGGGAACGUAUAGUGGGUGGUAUAAAGGCUCCUAACGGGUCAGCGCCUUACCAGGUGUCGCUACGGUUAUGGGGCGUGUGGCACUUCUGCGGGGCCUCGCUAGUGACCCCUAGAGUUAUACUUACUGCUGCACAUUGUGUUGACAGAUUAGCUCCUAAAUACUUCAAAGCAGUAGUAGGCACAAACCAGCUCCUAGCAGGAGGAACAGCAUACGACAUUCGAAAGAUAGUGGUCCACGAGGACUAUGACAAUUACAUCAUUAAGAACGAUAUCGCCAUACUGUUUACUGAUGUGGAGAUGGGUUUUGGACGGAAGGUGGACGCUGUGGAACUUAAUGAUGAGCCUGUGCAAAAGGGGGAGGAGUUACUGUUGACGGGUUGGGGGACCACGUCGUACCCAGGUCGUGUACCCAACGACCUAAUGCAAUUGGAACUAAGGUCCAUCACGUACGAAGAGUGUAAGGAAGCUCAUAAGAGCAUUAAUCCUGUGUUCGAAACUCAGAUUUGCGCUUUGACGAAGGCUGGAGAAGGCGCUUGUCAUGGCGACUCCGGAGGUCCAUUAGUGCGCGAAGGUCGUCAGAUCGGCAUCGUGUCCUGGGGCAUUCCCUGCGCCAGAGGGAAACCUGAUGUCUAUACUAAGGUGGAAGCCUACAUGCGAUGGAUUGAGAAGACAUUGUAUGAUGAUGACAUGGACCACGUCAGGUACAUCGAGGACCAUAGACGUCACAGAACAACUAAUAGACAUUGACGGGUUUAUCACAGAUGUUUUGCGACGACAGUUGGUAGAUUCUAAACGAUUUGCGGUCGAGAAUAAUGACUUAAUCUUAAUUCAAAAUGGUCGAUUGUAGACGAAAUUAAAUUAAAUAUUUAAUAUAAAAUGUAUUAAUUAAAGUUUUUUCAGAAAUUCAA